UUUCACCGGCCCGCGCCGCCACACUUCUCACCUCCCGGCUCCCGCGUGCCCGCGCCGCCGCGAUCGCCAUGGGUCCUCCUGCCCCCUCCCGCCCGCCAACGCCGACGGCUUCAGCGGCGACGGCCACCUCUUCGUCGCGGAUAGACUCGCCGUCUCUGAAGGCCGCGCUCGCUAUGGCUCUCAUCCACUACAACCGCCUCCCCGGCAAAGCCGCCGCCACCGCCUCCGCCGCCGCGGGCACAUCCACAUCAUCCGCGCCUUUCCUCCACUGGAAGCGCAAGGCCAAGGACCGAAAGCGCGAAAUCCUCCGCCUCCGCGAGGAGCUCAAGCUCCUCCAAGAUGGGGCGCGCGGGGAGGAGAUGGAACCGCCGGUCGCCUCGUGCCGGUGCCAUUUCUUCGACGGGUGCGGGGACCUGCUGCCACAGCCGGGCGGCGGCGGUGGGGAGCACUGGGUCGACGAGGUGCUGAGGAGGAGGUUCCUCAGACUGGUGCGGUGGAAGGAGAAGAGACGCCGAGUAGAUCGACCACUUCCAAGGAGUAGUUUGAUUGAUCUCAACAGUGAGGAUGAGAUGCAGCAGCUUAGCAUGUCGACUGAUUUCCUGGUGGAGCUAUCAGACGGCCUUUUUGCCAAAAGAGAAGCUGCCCCCUCAUUUGUUACAUUUUCUCACCAAGCAGUGGAUUUCAUUCUGGCUUCACUGAAGAACAUUCUAUCAUCAGAAAGGGAGAAGGAGCUAGUUGGGGAGAUAAUCGAUGGUUUAGUGUCUCGUUUGAUGAAAAGGAUGUGCACUGUUCCUGAAAAUGCUGGUACUUCAGAUUCAGGAUCAGUUGACUGCUCAGAUGCCCAGUUCUCUGUGCAGCACUUGUUCCGUAAGUUAGGGAAUGAGGAGUUUAUUGGUCAGCGGAUAAUCCUUGCAGUUUCUCAAAAGAUCUCGAAUGCAUCAGAAAGGUUACUUCUGGUUGAUCCUUUUGAUGAUGCUUUCCCUGAUAUCCAUGGCAAUAUAUUCAUCAUGAUUCAGUUAAUCGAGUUCCUAAUAACUGAUUACAUGAAAGAUUGGCUUUGCUGCGAGCAUUUUGACAAAAGACUUUUAGAAGAAUGUGCCCGAUCUAUUCUCAAGGCACGCAAUGAUUUGCAAAUCCUGGAAAACAUGAAUGGGCUGUAUGUGGUGUAUAUUGAGCGCAUCGUUGGAAGGUUGGCAAGGGAGGUGGCUCCUGCUGCACAUCAGGGGAAGCUGGACCCAGAAGUCUUCUCCAAACUCUUGUGCUGAGAGUGCCCACCUCUUACUUUUCAAUGUUGAUUAUAUGCAUAUAAAAAAAUGGCCCAGCAAGCAGGUAUAUUCUUCAUUGGAUGAUUCAGAACCAAGCAUAGUCAAAAACUGAAAAUUACGUUGUAUUAGCAUCGUUGUCUGUGAAUGAUUACUUACUGCAAACAAAUAUGCUCUAAUCAAAGCAUGAUAUAAUUGGUCCACUGAAAUUAUCACGUAUUUAUAUUUGGUUUACAAGAGGAAUUUUGGAAUCUAUUAGUGUAUCUACCUGUGGCCUGGCAUCGUUUCAUGUCUAUUGGUAGUUGAUUACUUUCAUUUUGUUGACUUGACUUCAUACCCUGUGAGUUGCUAUAGAUAUGCUUUGCCUAAUCUGCAGAUAUAGGUGCAGCUAAAAAUUUCUACAC